AUGGCAGCCCAAUCUUCCACCUCUAUCCUUCAUUAUCUGGAUAUCGGCCGAAUGGGUCGUGGUGAAGUUGUGAAUCUUUUUCUAAAAGACGCAGGAGUUGAAUAUAAGGAUUUGCGAUACGCAUACGACAAUACUUGGCCCAGCACUAGCCAAGACCUGACACGAAAGGGGCUUACAAAGACUGGAAAAGUGCCUUCGUUGGAGUACAAGAAUGUGGUCUUGAAUCAGCAUAUUCCGACGUUGCGCUAUCUCGCCAGGGACCUUGGCCGCUAUGAUGGAGAAACAAGCUGGGAGAAAUAUAUUGUAGAUGCGGUAUCAGAUAUUUAUAUCGAUUGGAGGUUCAAAUGGGUGGCAAACCUUGGAAAUUCAACAAAAGAGUAUAAAGAUGAUAUUGUACCAAAGUAUUACGGCGUAUUGGCCCAGUACUACGCUGAGAUGGAGGGUCCUUACCUGUUAGGCGACAAAAUCACAUAUGCUGAUUUUGCCGUUUAUCAGUCUAUCGACAACGAUCUGAGGACGGGAACUCUGCCAGCAAAGCUUCCGGAUACAAUCUCCAAGUUUCGAGAGACAUUCGAGCAACGUCCUAACAUUGCAGAGUACAUCAAAGAGAAUCUUCCGAAGGCUUAA